GUUUAUAAAUGCCAGAAGAAGAAUUGUACAGCCGAUGAUUGACCAGUCUAACCGAGCUGGACCUGGAGCGCACGCAGCAUACAACCCAGAGGCAGCAGGCAUGGGCUACUUUGAUAACCAACACAUGCAGAUGAAUGCUCACAGACUACAAGGCGGUCAUGACCUCUACGACCCCAUGAAGACCGGCUACUCACACCUGGACACAAGCCAGCGGUACGAUAUGCUAGGCAUGCAGAGCAUGCACCGGCCCGAUAUGUACGGCACCCCUCCUUCGUCUUACGCUCAGAUGGCCCAGUUCUCGCCCCCGGUCCACUCUCAGGCUAUGCUCAUACCGGGCCACCCACACCACAUGAUGAUGGGUCACGGAAACCCCGGCAUGGCUCACCACGGAAUGGCCUCAGCCCAGAGUCCACCUCUACACAUGGAAGGUAUGGGCGCUCACAUACAAGAUAUUCACGCCGGUUAA